AUGACGACCAAAGCCAUCUUGGGCAACCGGGGCAGAACAGGAGUGGUGGUGGCCGCCUACAUGCAUUACAGCAACAUAUCUGCCAGUGCUGACCAGGCUCUGGACAGGUUUGCCAUGAAGCGCUUCUAUGAAGACAAAGUGCUUCCUGUGGGCCAGCCAUCCCAGAAAAGGUAUGUGGAGUACUUCAGUGGCUUGCUCUCUGGACAUAUCAAGAUCAACAACAAACCCCUGUUCCUUCACCAUGUGAUCCUGCACGGCAUCCCAAACUUCGAGUCCAAAGGAGGUUGUCGUCCUUUUCUCAAGAUCUACCAGGCCAUGCAGCCCGUGUACACAUCUGGGAUUUAG